UUCAAAUAUUUCAAACAUAACCUUCAAAUUGACGUAYUCCAUCUUUCUAAUUUGUAUUUCACAAUUUCGCAUUACGUUCACGUUGGGGACAUCAAAAAGAAACUUGGAUUUGGCGUUUCCAACGUUUCACCCUUCAUCAUGUCGUCGAAGAAGACGUUUAAGAUCAAGCAGAAGCUUGCUAAAAAGAUGAAACAGAAUCGUCCCAUCCCUCAGUGGAUUAGGAUGAGGACUGGAAACACUAUCAGAUAUAAUGCCAAGAGGCGUCAUUGGAGAAGAACUAAGUUGAAGUUGUAAGCUGUGCUCAUCCUGCUUGACCAUUUCCGUGUGUACUUUGACUAUUAUUCCGAUGGAUAUUAAUUAUGUACAAUGUUUGAUAUUCAAUAAAGAUCCAAAAUUUAACAAAAUAA